GGUGGAUUAAGGGGAGUCAAUCCAUAAUUUUUCACAUUGAAUCAAUUACAGAUCGGACACUUUCGCGUCAUCUUGGAAGCUUGGGAUGAAGUACCUUAUCAAAGUCCACUAUAAGGUCGCCAUGCAGUCAAAUGAGGAUUGGCAAGGGAUUGCCAUCCUUGCAGAGGAGAACAAGGGGAUCAAGAGACUUAAUGUUAUUAUGGUUGGCCAGCCUCGUGGGGAACUGAAGAUAGAUGUUCAGAGGACACAGAAGAGAGUGCAAGAGAAAGAGACAGCAUUGGCAAAUGCGAUUAUCACCUUAAUUAUGGCAGCAAGGCUGCUAUCGGAAGUGGGGUACCAGAUUCGCACAGAUGUGAUUUCAAAUGUGAGGAAUAAGAGCUACGAGAAGGCACUCUCUGACAUCGAAAAAUUGAUAGAGCUGGAGCCAGAAAACCAGAUUGCGCAGGAGUUUCGUCCUUUGCUGAUGGAGAAAAUCGAGCUAGACAAAGAGAAGAGCACUAUGGAGAAAAAAGUGAUGGAGCCAUCAACCAGAGGCACACCAAAGGAUUUGCGAAUCGAUGUCAAUCAUCUUGAAGUUGAAGACAAUGACGAUGAAGAGGAUGAAGAUGAUGAGGACGAUGAGGACGGUGAUGAUGAAGAUGAUGAUGAUGAAGAGGAUGAUGAGGACGAAGACGAUGAUGAUGAUGAUGAGGAUGAGGAUGAGGAUGAUGAUGACGAAGAUGACGAUGAAGAUGAUGACGACGAGGACGAUGACGAGGAGGAGAGUGAUGAAGAAGAGGAGGAUGAAGAGACCGAUAGUGAUGAGGAUGUAGACGAGACAGAGGAUGAUGAUGAUGAUGAUGAUGAUGGUGACGAGCGAAAAGGAGGCAAGUCCGAGGACAACGCCCCUUCUCGUGGCAUAGAAAAGGGAAAUAAGAGCAGACAAUCGAGGAGGAGUGAAAUCACACACCCAGAUCCUCUUCUCACUAUUGAGGGGCACAGCAUUCCAAAACCAAGCGAGAACAGUGCAUCAUAGGACAUCUUCCGCGCGCUGCUGAUUCCUCAUGGAUUGAUCGGAGCAACCACAUUUCCAGGCCAUAUAUUUUGGCCAUGACACACCAUUAUAGGGGUCAAGGAGCAAGCACAUUUCAAGGUCAUAAUUUUUGGCCAUGACAUGCUAUUCUAGGGGUCAAGUGAGAAAGAAGAGAUGGGUGGGGGAAAUAAUACAAGGGUAGUAGGGGGCUGAGGGGGAAAGGACCAAUUUGGACUGUGAGUGUUCUAAAACCCCUGCAGUAUUCCGGUU